AAGAAAGAUAGAAAGGACAAGAAUUGGCAUCCCUUGUCCGAAUGGAAGAAGCCCUUUAAAUUCACAUCCAAGAAGACAAAGAGGGGAUGCAGACCAACAACUUUCUCCCAACAAUUGUCCUAGCACAAACAUUUCUGCUCUUGUCGUUCUUGAUCCCAUCCAUGGCGGUUGACUCGUCAUCAUCGGAUGCCCAAGUUCACAUCGUUUACGUCGAAAAACCUGAAGCCCAGGAUCCAGAAGCGUUUCAUAUCCAGACUCUGACCUCUGUUCUUGGCAGUGAGGAUGCUGCGAAGAAGGCUCUGGUGUACAGCUACAGGCAUGCUGCAAGUGGCUUUUCUGCCAAGCUGACUCCAGACCAGGUGUCUGCGCUCUCACAACAACCGGGUGUGCUUCAGGUCGUCCCCAGUCGGACUCUCCGCCUGCACUCCGGUGGAGUUGGGAAGAUCUAAUGGUUUACGCAUAUCAGUACCUUCUAUUUGUCUCUUUAUGCCUUGUGAACAACUCUCUAUGUGCUGUCGUAUGCUUCAUCGCCUAAAUAUAUAGGAUCUUGUUCUUUUUUAUAAUCAAAACGUUGGUUUUGGUAUAAACGUAGGGGUGAUCUCUUGUGUUGUGAGUCGCAUUAAGAUAUGUUGUCUCAAUAUUUA